GGUCAUUGUUUGGUCUGAAUAUCUGCAGUUUUAACAGGAUUUUAACAAAAGCUCUAUUUAAGGACCAAACUCUAGACUCACUAAGUCACUUGGUAAGAAGGAUCUUCUGCUCAUUCUUCAUUAGAAACGACCUGCUGGAGACACCAGCUCGACUGAAGUGGCUGCCAGGAUUCUAACAGGAAGUUUCUACAGUCGUAUCAAAGCAUAAACAUGAAGAUAUUUCAUCACUGCUUAGAAUGUGGAAAGAAUUUUACUAAUCAGAGUCAUCUUAAACAACACCAGCGCAUUCACACAGGAGAGAAGCCGUAUCAGUGCUCAGAAUGUGGAAAGAGUUUUACUUACAAUAGUGACCUUAAAGUUCACCAGCGUAUUCACACAGGAGAAAAGCCGUAUCGCUGCUCAGACUGUGGGAGGAGUUUUGCUCAGAGUAGCACCCUUCAGAGACACCUUCGAACUCACACCGGAGAGAAGCCGUAUCACUGCUCAGAAUGUGGAAAGAGUUUUACUUACAGUAAUGAUUUUAAAGUACACCAGCGCAUUCACACAGGUGAGAAACCGUAUCACUGCUCAGAGUGUGGGAAGAGUUUUACUCGUCAGGGUAACCUCGAACAACACCAGCGCAUUCACGCAGGAGAGAAGCCAUAUCACUGCUCAGAGUGUGGAAAGAGUUUUACUCAAAGUAGUGACCUAACUGUACACCUGCGUAUUCACACAGGAGAGAAACCGUAUCACUGCUCAGAGUGUGGGAAGAGCUUUACUCGUCAUGGUAAUCUCGUAAAACACCAGCGUAUUCACACAGGAGAGAAGCCAUAUCAAUGUUCAGAGUGUGGAAGGAGUUUUACGCACAAGGAUAACCUCCAACAGCACCAGCGCAUUCACACCGGAGUAAAACCGUAUCGGUGCUCAGUCUGCGGGAAGAGCUUCAAUCUGAACAGUAACCUUCAGCGACACCAGCGCACUCACACAGGAGAGAAGCCGUAUCGGUGCUCGGAGUGCGGAAAGAGUUUCAUCCAGCAGAGCGACCUCCAGCUGCACCAGCGCGUUCACACCGGAGAGAAACCCUAUCACUGCCUGGAGUGCGGACGGAGCUUCACACGGAUCAGUAAUCUCAUCAAACACCAGCUCAUUCACACGGGAGAGAAGCCGUAUCACUGUCUGCAGUGCGGGAAAAGUUUCACACAGAGGGGCAGUCUCAAGCGACACCAGCGCGUUCACACAGGAGAGUAG